AUGAUGCCCUCGAGCUUCAACUGCCAACCAAGAGAGAAAGAUUCGUUCACUUCCAUUGCGACCAUAGCCGAGAUCUAUACCUUCCAUCAUGGACUCCAAGUCCCAGGGAUCGACCGAGCCUUGGUUGAACCACGAUGUGAUGAAUUUAUCCGCGAAAUUGAAUCCAAAUUCAAAUCAUCCGAUAUCUCUCCCGACAAAUGGUACCUAACGACACUCAGUUCUAUCACCACAACCUCAGAGCCCCGCCUGGCAGAACAGCUGUAUCUCCACCUGAUCAGCCAACCGGCCUUCUCAUCAGCCGAAGCCCACCGAAGCCCUGAUAGCGGGAUCGCUAUCAGUAGGGUGGAGGCUGAGGACGGCCUAGAUCAGACAUUCAGCCGCGAGGGUUGGAAGUGUGACGAAGAUAAUUACAACCAUGGAAUGGCAUGGCUCACGAGGCUUUAUGCACAAAAUACCGAUGGUCUGUUCAGUAUUUUCAAAAGACACCGCGAUUUUGAGGUUUGGGUUGCCAACAUUGCCUACGGUCUCCAUCUUGCAGACCGUCAAAAUUUGGAUGAUGUUGAUACCGAGCUGGUUGUGUUACCCGCAGUCAUGGGCCAGAAUAUUCCACGUGAGACACAUUGGCAUAUGAGAGGCAUUCGACGAUUAGGAGUCUAA